CUGAAAUAGGCUACAAGCCAGUCCUCUUGGCAACACAAUGACCGGCUUCCUUGCGUGGUUCUGGAAUGAGAGAUUCUGGCUGCCUCACAAUGUAACUUGGGCAGAUCUGAAGAACACAGACGAGGCUGUAUACCCCCAGUCGGAGGAUUUGUAUCUUGCUGGCCCUCUUGCUUUCUGCAUCAUCAUGGUCCGGCUUCUGUUCGAGAGGCUGAUCGUUAGGCCGUUGGUGUCUGGCUUGAGGAUUGAGGUGAAGGAGGCGCAGAAAGCUCUGCCCAAUGCCAUUCUGGACAAGGUUUACACCGCCAUCACCAAGCACCCGGAUGAGAAGCGGCUAGAGGGCCUGUCCAAGCAGCUGGACUGGGACGUUCGGACCAUCCAGCGCUGGUUCUACCGGCGCCGAGACCAGGAGAGGCCCACCACGCUGGCCCGCUUCUGCGAGAGCAUGUGGAAGUUUGCGUUCUACAUGUACAUCUUCACCUACGGAGUGCGCUACCUAAAGAAGACGCCGUGGCUGCACAACACCAGAGAGUGCUGGCAGAACUACCCUAAUCAGCCGCUGACAGUGGAGGUGCACUACUACUACCUGCUGGAGCUGUCCUUCUGUCUGUCACUACUCGUGCCACAGCUCGCGGAUGUGAAGAGAAAGGACUUCCUGAUGACCCUGCUGCACCACGUGCUGUCCGUGGCUCUGAUGGUGCUCUCCUACGUCAGCAACAUGGUGCGUGCAGGGACCCUCGUCAUGUGCCUCCACGACUCGGCUGAAGUGCUCCUGGAGGCAGCUAAAAUGGCCAAAUAUGCGCGCUUCAAGCGCUUCUGCAACCUCCUCUUCCUCAUGUUCACCCUCAUCUUCAUCACAUCUCGGCUGGCUCUCUACCCCGCCUGGGUGCUGAAGACCACAGUGUUUGAGAGCUGGUCCCUGCUGGGCAUCUUCCCCUCCUGGUGGCUGCUCAACGGCAUGCUGCUGCUCCUGCUGGCACUGCACUGUCUCUGGGCCUACCUCAUCCUCAGGGUCACCUGCAGAGCACUGGCUGGACCACAGGGGAGAAAACUGAAUCCUUUGUGUGUGUCCUUAGAUAAUCACCACGAGGUGGACUUCAGCUCUGACGAGGAGGACGUCCCGCCACACCCGAAGAAGCCACCUCACACGUCCCACAGGUCACAGAGAAAUGCCAACGGCAGCAACGGGGCGCACAGGACAAACGGCUACCUGUGACACACACAAACACACACUCACACACACACACACAUAUGCUACAGCGCAGCUUUGGGUACACAUGA